AUGCGUGCGGUCGUGCAACUUGUCGCUGUCCUCCAAUUCGCGAGAAACAUUGAAGCGUGCCAGCCGAACAAGUGCAGCAGUACCACUUGUUACAUGUGAGUUCCUCUUUUCAUCUUCUGUUUUACCCGUUCUUCCAGCCUUCCACCCUCUCCACCAAUGUUCCCUUCUGCUCCCCCGUCUUACGCAAUGCCUCCUCCGAUGUACGCGAUGGCUUCGUCCGCGAUGCUCCCCCCGCCGCCACCUCCAUUACCCCCUCCGCCUCCGAUGCCGGUGUCUCUCCCUGCCAGCUACUCCCAUCAGUCCUCUUCCAUGAUGGUCGCUACUCAGACUCCGUUCGUUGCUCCCCUCGAGCCGCCCAUCGUUUCCAUCAGCUCUUCUGCAGCUAGUAACUCUUAUGAAGUGGCGCCAACGCAGGAAAUGAGUCGAUGGGAUCGGCAAGAGCCGGAAUACAAACACGUGGAAGAAGCGGAAGCUGUCGUUGCGCCGGACGUCGUGGUCGCGGAUGCCGUCGACGAGAACUCGACAAACAGCGAGAAGGUGGAAAAAGUGCACGAGAACGAGCGACUCGCCCGCAUGGAUCUGAAGUACGAGGAGCCUGAGGUGAGCGGAGCACUCGGUACCGCCUAAUCCUCUUUUCGUGUUGCAGCCGACUCCAUUUGAUAACGGGACGGUCACUUUCCACGCCUGGUUCUUCUGA